AUGACAAGAAAGAGGUUUCUCCUGGAUCUGAGGGAGCCAUUAACAUCUAUUAGUAACGCCGAUGGGGUAAGUAGCAGAGUGGCGCUCGGGGCUCCAGUCGGGUGUGCGGUCCUCGCAGAGCUCGAGCAUCGGCUGCCCUGCGCUCCGGCUGGGUGCGCUCCGGGGCCGGCGGGGACGUGGCCGGCUGCCUGCCGGCUCCGACCCCUGCCCAAGAACCAGAUCACAGAAUUCCCCUGCCUGCAGAAUGUCCUACUGGCUUCUCAGCGGCCUCAGAAUAAAAUCCAGGCUCUGCACCUUGGCCUCCUGAUCCAUCAGGACCCGGUUCCUGCCGGCCCUUCUUCCCCUGCCCCGGUCCUGUCGCCCAGCUCCCUCUUCCUCCGAAUGGCGUCCUGGCCUUGGAGAAGUUCCUGGAGCUCAAGUCAGGAUCUUUGUAUCUGCCCUGUGCAUUCUGUCGAGCUCCUCAUAAUCUGA